GAUUCUUUAAUCCAUGGCAUAGUUUCUCCGGUCAUCGAAAAUGAGAUACGUCAUGUACCCUAAGGACCAACGGUCGUGCGUACUGCGCAUCGUGCUCCUAUGUUGUGUGGCCAACUUUAUCAAUGCAGCUGACAGAGUUAUAAUGCCCAUUGCCAUUAUACCCAUCUCUGACCACUACAAAUGGGAUCUACAUCAACAUGGAUGGAUUCUAAGUGCUUUCUCCAUCGGUUAUAUGAGCAGCAUGGUAAUUGUUUACUAUACAAGAGAUUGCUUUUUCAGAUUAUUGGUGGGAGCGCAGCCAAACGGUACGGCGGCAGCACCAUUCUACUUCUAGCUGUGUUGCUCUGGUCUUUGUCAUCCUUUGUCACACCUUGGUUUGCCUAUUCUUCAACGGCAUUAGUCGUGCUGCGAUUUCUUUUAGGGAUCGGUGAGGGAAUAGGUUUACCGACGAUUGUGCACAUAUUUUCCCUCCUGGUUCCGGUUGACGAAAGAAGUCGAGCGCUCGGUUAUCUCGUAGCAUUUGGUUCUUUUGGACAGAUUUUGGCCACUCUUGUGUGUCCGUACUUAUUCUGGCCCCUAUCGUUCUACUUGUUUGGUGGCUUUGGCUUUAUUUGGCUUUUCUUUUGGCUGUUGGUGUUCCGCGAUGUACGACGAUGUGAACGAAUGGAAGAGGACUUUUUCACUCCACAAACACGGCUCUCCAAGCCGGCUGUACAUUGGUACGAAUUUCUGUCACGCUGGCCUUUAUGGGCAAUCUAUAUUGCCCAUUUCUCGAUGAACUGGUCCAACUACAUCAUAAUGCAAUGGCUACCGACCUACCUCACGCGAUUCCUAGGGGCCGGAAAGGGGGGUAUUAUGCUCACAGCUCUGCCCUAUCUGAGCAACAGUGUCGCAAGUAUUGCUGCUGGACACAUCGCUGAUCACUUCAUCAAACGACAGUGGAGUGUUCUGGCCGUUAGACGCCUCAUGUCUUGCAUCGGUCUGAUUGGUCCGGGACUGCUACUGUUCUUGUUCUCGGCAUCAACCAGUAUAUCGGCUGCCAUAAGUAUCAUCUCUAUGUCCAUGAUUCUGUCGGCCUUCAAUUCGGCUGGUCAUUUGAGCAACCAUGUGGAAGUUGCACCGAACCACGCAGGGAUCACAUUUGCAAUCAGCAAUACUUUGGCUACUAUUCCUGGAAUCCUUUGCGGUCCGUUGACAGCAGAAUUAGUGGUGGCCUCUGGAGGUCGGUGGUUCCCCGUUUUCCUACUUGCUGGCUGUGUGAACCUGGUUGGAGCAGUGAUCUAUGGCAGUCAAAGCUCCUCGAUGCAAGUACUGUGAUCAGUUGAUGACGGAAAUCGUUCGUCCCUCCCCACCUCCAACUUUCACCCCGUCUACCUGUAUCUUUAAUUUAUUUGAAGCGUUUUCUUUGCUUCUAGAGUGUGUACUACUUUGUAUACUAUUCGCCGCUGUCUGAAGAGGGUAGGGAAAUGAGUUCCACCUCUGCUUGGCGUUAUCGUUCAGUUUUGGUCGCG